AUGAGUGCCAACCUGGUGUUGAGGGUGAAAAGGAAGCGUAAUGAUGAACCGCUCGAUGCUCUUGUUGUCGACUUGCGCCGAAAGAAACAACGCGAGGCCAACGCUGGCAUCUUCAAGUAUUUGGAGACGGUGCAGGGAGAUGAGGAAUUUUUAGACGUUGAAAAAAGGCGAAGCUUGGAGACUCGUGUUGCUUCAUACUCGACAAACCCGAACACAUCAAGCGCAUGUGCGAACCAUUCCAUAUCCUCCGUCAAAUUGUUAUCUGGGACCGCCAAGAACCGCGUUACCACUCCUAGAUUCACAAUAAGAAAAAGCACGGUACCUGAUGUGGAUGAGUUUGCGCAGACAGGAUCCAGUAUUCGGGAAAUUUCACGAGAUGCCGUUGGUUUUCGCGAUGCGAUUCCUCACGGCGCCACACUGCGCAGCAGCGGCGUGGCUCCAUCAUCCACAACUGGCGAUUUUCGUGAUUCCGUUUCAGGUUUUGAGAUGGAGCAGUUCAACCGCAUGGUCCAAGAAUACCUAACAGGCUCGUUGAAUGCUUUGUUAUGUCCUUGGCGGGUGGUGACAUCUUCUGAAAUUGAAGACGAAUACGUAUAUGAUCUAUUCCUUCUCCAAAGACAGAGCUCAACAGAGCGAAUGGAUUUAGACUCCACCAAUGUUGGCCUGGUUUUUUUGCAACCCGAAGAUGAAAUCGAAUUCAUAAGUUCCUCUGACGAUGAAACCGAGCCAUAUGAAGAUGAUGUCGACUCAAACGCCGAAGAUAACCCACUCAAUGAUUAUCCAGACGAAUCCGGGGGUUCAGACGCAAGUGUGGAUGUCUUUGGUGACGGCGAUUACGACAGCGAAUAUGACUUUUGA